CGGAGGAAAAUUCCAAUGUUAAAUCUAUGGGCGAGAGACUCGAGCGUUAUAUAAACCAGAGAAGGAAACCACAUAUACAGCAAGAGAGAUUGAAAACAAAGAACAAUAUUCAAAGUGAGAAUUCACCUAAAAUUGAGUGUUAAACAGAAAAGCUCUCCAAUUUUUCAUUCAAGUUAAUUAUUUUUCCUUUAAAUUUCUCCCUCUCCCCUUUACUUCCCGCUUCUUUGUAUCCCUUUCUGUCUUUCAAAGUUGUGAUUUAGUGGUUUUUUUGUUUUUGGGGUUCAAAAGUGUCUGCAAACUGAAGAAAAUCAAACCCAGAAGGGUUGUUUUGGAAGCCAGGUGAUUCAGAAUAGAGAUCUUGUUUUUUUUUUUUUUUUUUUGGAUCAAUCAAAAGGUUAUUUUUUAUACCUGUGGUUGGUCUCUAAUCUUAGGAGUACAACUUUUUAGUUCUUAUUGUGCAAAAAACUUUUGUUUUUAAUCUGAAUUUUUCUUGGUUUUGUGUACAAACAAAAAAAACAAAAAAAAAAAUAAACUUCCUGUUCUUUAAUUUUGGUAAGAAACAGGUUUCUGUCUUAUAAUUUCUUCUGUGAUUUAUACUUAUCUUUUUAUUAUUGGAGCCAUGGCAGCAGCUAUAGAUUUUUACAGUAGUAGCAGCAGCAGCAGCAGCCAAGCACCAGUUUUCUCAGAUCCUUUUAGAGAAGAGCUCAUGAUAGCACUUGUGCCUUUUAUGAAAAGUGCUUCACCAGCAGCUUCUCCCUCUACUUCUUAUACUUCUUCUUCUUCUCCUCCUUCAUCUUCUUUUUCUUCUUACCCUUCUUGCUCUUAUUCUCCACUCUCCUCAACCCAAUCAAACUAUUUCCCUGAAACCCAAGACUUCUCCAACCAGGUGUGCUUUCAGCCACAGACCGGAUCAUUAGGCCUUAACCAGCUCACUCAAUCUCAGAUUCUCCAAAUCCAAGCCCAAAUUUAUUUCCAACAACAACAACAACAAAAACAAAAACAACAAAUGGCAGCCAUGGCUAAGGCCUCAAUCAAUAGCCAGUGGCAGAGCCAAAACCCCCAAACCCUUAGCUAUCUCAGCCCAAAAGCCAUCCCCAUGAAACACGUUGGUACUCCCCCAAAAGCUAACAAGCUCUACAGGGGAGUUAGACAGAGGCAUUGGGGGAAAUGGGUUGCCGAGAUAAGACUCCCUAAGAACCGAACUCGCCUCUGGCUUGGUACCUUUGACACAGCCGAGGAAGCUGCUUUGGCUUAUGAUAAAGCAGCUUAUAAGCUCAGGGGAGAGUUUGCUCGUCUCAAUUUCCCUCAUCUCCGCCAUGAAGGAGCCCAUGUUACCGGCGCUUUUGGCGAGUACAAGCCUCUGCAUUCUUCCGUUGAUGCGAAGCUUCAAGCCAUUUGCCAAAGCUUGGCUAAUAAUAAUAAUAACAAUUCGCAGAAACAAGUGAGUUCUGGCGAGUCCUGUUCGGAGGCAGAGGAGAAACCGACAAUAAUAGUACCAGUAGCUCCAAUGGAGUCGAAUUUGGUCUCUGAUAAUUCAUCGACAGGUGAACCGAAAGCCGAGUUAGAAGGCUCUUCGUCAUCGUUGUCUUCGCCUUUGUCUGAUGAGUCUUCAGCAGGGUCAUCUUCACCGGAGUCUGAUAUAACAUUCUUGGAUUUUACCUCCGAUUCUCAAUGGGAUGACACACAGAAUUUUGAUCUGGGCAAGUACCCUUCUGUGGAGAUUGAUUGGGAUUCUAUUUAAUCAAGUCCUUUUAAUUAUUGUCUCCAAGUUUAUGUAGUGUCAGUCUAAUUUAGUAUUUGCAAGUUAACUAGGCUGAGUUUGAUGUAAGUAGUAGUAAUAGUACCAGCAGCAGCAGCUUCUGCCAUGGAAUUUUUAACAUUGCAGAGGUGUAGCUCAGUCUGUUUAGUUAAGUUUAUUAUUAUGUUGUAAAAUGUGUACAGAUGAUUUCUCCAUCAAGGUCAGCUGGUCAUUUUUUUUUCCUUGCUGAUCCAUGGAAUGGAGUUUAUCUCUGGUUGUGAGUGUUUGUUUUUAUUUAACCUUAAUGUAAUUAAGCAAUAUUUCACUUUUUUAUCUUA